UGCCUGCGAAACCUCCCGAGGAGGGGAAGGCUGUGCACUCCACCUUUCAGAUAACUGCAUUUAGUACCAGCCUGAAAAAACAUGUGAUGGUCAUAGACUUGGUGAAGAGAGACUUGCUUCCUUCCCAGAGAAAAGCCAAAGUUUGCUUCAUUCACAUGUGCCCGGGCCUGAAGGUGACUGAGCAGCCAGUGAGCAGCUAUGAGACUCCAACAACAUCCAUCAUUAUCUUAAAGAUGAACAAUCGACUUUUCUCAUCCCUCAGAGAUGACUCUGCCUGGGAAAGACAUGAAACUCUUUCAAAAGCAGGAUUACUGGACACACGCUAUAGUACAAAUGAUUGUAUCGCCCUUAAAAAUCUCCAGACUGAUGUUACAAAGAGGAAGUUGGACUUCGUCAAGGGGACACCGGCAGCACAAAACACAGAAAUGAUAUCACCUAUUGUCAUUUCCCGGUUGAUUGAUGAAAAGAAAUUAAUGGAAAAUGGAGCCGUGUUGCCUCUGCCACAAGCAAUCACUCAGCCUCAGCUGCGUACCACAAAGCCAGCUUUGGCCAGGCGCAGCGGAGUGAACAUGCACAAGCCAUUUGCUUUACCUCCAGACGGAUUGGGGAUCCUUAUUCCCUCAGAUGAGCAAGGACUGGAGACAGACCCACUGUCCACAGGGGACAACCUAGGCAAGAGCGCCCACAGGGGAUUCUCAUCUAUUACCAUUACUGCCCGGCGUGUGGAGCCUUCAGCCAGCAACUUGGUAUGGGACACUGUUCGGGACCCGCUAUGUCCCAAGUGCAGGACCAAGGAUGCUCUGCUCCAAAGCACCCCGGUUCUGGCUAGUGGUGCCCAUUUGUGUCAGCACAAUGGAUCCUUCACCUGUGCAGAGUUCUCAAGCAAUGGCUCCAGAGAGGGGCUGAAGGUUCCCCAUGCUCACUCAAGGAUGUGCGCAAGGCAAGAGUACUGGGUCACCCACAUGGAUGACAAAGAAGACACUUUUUCUUCAGACAAUUCACCGUCAAGAAAAGUCCCACUGGUAUUCAGUUCCUGUGUCCACCUCCGGGUGUCUCAGCAGUGUCCUAAUACCAUUUACUACUUGGACAGGUCUCUUUCUGUCCCCCUUGAGCAACCUCAAACUGCUAGCCCCAAAACGCACAGGUCUGUCCUGUCGCUCAACCUCCGCUGUAGUUCCCACAGGUUAACAGCAGAUGGAGUAGACAGCACAGCUAAUGGAGAGCCAAUCAGCAGAGCCCUGCCGCAGGAGCUCUGGGAGGGAAAGCAGGACCUCCUAGGCCCACAAUGGGGCCAGCCACAGGAAGGUCACUGGAAGGGGAGCCCAGCAUUGGUGCCAGUACAUUUGGGGAGCGGCGCAUGCCCUCAGACUAGCUCCCCUCCACUGGAAAAUGUCAAACUUGCAGACGUGGGAAGGAACCAGGUCCCAGUGAGAAAGGAGAAAGAGGACCUUGCGGCGUGUCCCACCAGCAGCCACGCCAACCAACUCUCCAUCCAUAUUCCUGGCUGGAGUUACAGGGCAGAUUACACAUGCUGUGAUUUGGUUGUAAAACUAAAGGAAUGUGAGAAGCAUGAGGACCUCACCACCACACCUGAGCCCUCGCCAGCAACCCCCUCUCCAGAAAUCCCAGAGGGACCACAGAGCUCUGACCCACUGGAAAAUAGUUUUGAACCUCAGCGUCCGCUGGCAAGCUCUAUGACCUUACAGGAAGCGCUGGAAGUCCGUAGACCUCAGUUCAUUUCUCGAUCACAAGAACGGCUGCAAAAGCUUAAGCACAAGGUACAGCAAAGGAAAACCCAGCCAAAGGAAAACCUGAGGCAGAAGGAGAGCCUACUUCCUGUCCGUGCCAACAAGAAGCAGUUCACCAUUCCCCAUCCUCUUAGUGAUAACUUGUUCAAACCCAAAGAAAGAUGCAUUUCAGAGAAGGAGAUGCAUAUGAGAUCUAAAAGAAUCUAUAAUAACUUGCCGGAAGUUAAAAAGAAAAAAGAAGAACAAAAGAAAAGAGUAAUCCUACAGAGUAACAGGCUCCGAGCAGAAGUCUUUAAAAAGCAAUUACUGGACCAGCUCCUCCAAAGGAAUGCAGUAUAAUCCCAGGUGGCCCUCUAGCCACAGCCUGGAUCUGGGAAGACUUCUGACGAUGCUGGAUGAAUCAUUAAACUUCUAACACUAUCUUCACACAUGAAAGAUACUUUUACUUUACUUCUGAUUUAUUUUUCCCAUAAAGGAAAUGUCACUUUCUGAAUGACCCAAACAAACAAAAGCAACACUUCCGGAGACAAUAGAUCAGUAGUCCGUUGCUGGGACUUCAACCCCCUUGGAACCUACUAGACUUGGUCUCUUCCAUUACUUUUGCUUGUGAAUUUUACCCAUUGCUUCUGAAGUUUUUAUUAUACCAUUUCCACCCAACCAGGAUAUCUUUAUAUAUUCAAGUGUGCUUAGAUGUUUGGGAUUUUUUUUUUUGGGGGGGGGGGUGUUCGAAAAAUUGAGAAGCAAAAAUCUAUCACAUUUUAACUCCCAGACCAAUGGCUGACAGUUCUGAAAUCCAAAGCAUGAGUCAAAGUUUGUUUAGCAUAUGUAUCCUGGAGUACCGGGGGCUGACUUCAAAAUGGACAGAUGAAGAGGCAGAGCUUAGAACAAGCAGAAGAGCCCCUCUGCCCCUCUCCCACCCCACCCUCAGUGCCAGCAUUUGGUAGCCGAAGCACCUGUUUCUGUGGGAGCCAGGAGAAUGACUGAGCGAAGACAUCAGUCUUUUCACCACCCACACAUGAGACGUUAUCUUGAUCAAAUGGCCUAGCGGUACCCACUCUUAUUUAUUCUUUCAAGCAUUCUUCAUAAAUAUGUAUUUGUGGAGUUAAGAACAAAUUAGUUUUUGCAAUGAAAAUGGAAAU